CGUCUGUCAUCAAACAAGUCCCCCCACCCCUUCCCCUUCAACGUUAUAUAAAUCCCACUACCUCCAUUGAUCUCUUCUUCAAGUAACUCACCUCUAUCUCUUUCAAUAUCUUCCAACACUUAUUGCCACCAUGCAACAACUUCUCUUCUUCUCAUUGUCGCCACCCCACACUUUUCCGGCAAUUUUCACGGCUUUCUAUGGCUGUCAGCUUCCGUUUCUGGUGGCUUUGGUGGUGACGGUGGUGGUGCUGUCUACUCAUCAACGGCGGCAUCACAAGGACAAGCGUUUGCCACCUGGUUCAUUGGGUUGGCCUUAUAUCGGUGAAACUCUCAAGCUUUACACCGAGAAUCCCAAUUUGUUCUUUGCCAACCGACAGAAAAGGUAUGGAGAUGUAUUCAAAAGUCACAUAUUGGGAUGUCCCUGUGUGAUGAUUUCAAGCCCUGAUGCAGCCAAGAUCGUGUUGGUGACAAAGUCUCAUCUUUUUAAGCCAACUUAUCCGCCCAGCAAAGAGAAGAUGAUUGGCCCCGAGGCUAUAUUCUUCCACCAAGGUGCUUAUCAUUCCAGGCUGAGAAAAUUGGUCCAGUCUUCCUUUUUACCUGCUGUAAUUCGAGGCUCAGUUUCGGAGAUCGAGCAGAUUGUUCUCAAAUAUCUACCUGUUUGGGAACAUACCACCAUUAACACUUUGCAAGAAAUGAAGAGAUAUGCUUUUGAUGUGGCGAUGAUUUCUGCCUUCGGCCAUGAACAAGACUCGGAAACAAAUGGAAUCAAGAAACUCUAUCACUUCCUGGAAAAGGGUUACAAUUCCAUGCCUAUAGAUCUUCCGGGAACUCCUUUCAAUAAAGCAAUGAAAGCUCGGAAGCUGUUGAAUGAGACCCUGAGAAGAUUGAUAAAAGAAAGAAGGGAAACCGAGAAACAAAGUGGUGGAGGAGGGGGACUGCUUGGAGUUUUGUUGGGGGAGAAGAACCACCAGAAGGCGGAUCAACUCAGUCGACUCAGUGAUUCUCAGAUUGCAGAUAAUGUAAUCGGUGUAAUCUUUGCUGCUCAUGACACCACCGCAAGUGUCCUAACAUGGCUCUUGAAAUACUUGCAUGACAAUGGAGAGUUACACGAAGCUGUGACAAGAGAACAAGAAGGUAUUCAACGCAGGAUAACCGAAGCAAAUCGCCGGCUUACGUGGGAUGAUACAAGGCACAUGCCCUUGACUACAAGGGUGAUUCAAGAGACAUUAAGAACAGCAAGUAUACUCUCAUUCACGUUCAGAGAAGCAGUGGAGGAUGUUGAGUUUGAAGGGUAUUACAUCCCCAAAGGAUGGAAGGUUCUUCCUCUCUUUAGAACCAUUCAUCAUUGUGCAGAUUUCUUCCCUCAACCUGAAAAAUUUGACCCUUCUAGAUUUGAGGUACCACCGAGACCCAACACGUUUAUGCCGUUUGGCAAUGGGGUUCACUCUUGUCCAGGCAGUGAACUGGCUAAGCUUGAGAUGCUUGUGUUCCUUCACCAUCUCACAACCAGAUACAGGUGGGAAGUGGUGGGAGAUGAAGAUGGGAUCCAAUAUGGUCCUUUUCCAGUGCCCAAAAGGGGCUUACCAAUAAAGGUCACCCCUAGGAAAAUAUAGGCACCGUGAAGAACAAUACACCAUUUCUGGAUUUUGGACUCAAUGAAGGCUGAAACUUUCUUGAGUGGGGCUAAAAAUCAAGUUAACCCCAUUGAGCUUUUUAUUUGUAUUUUUUGGGGGGUUGUCGAAUUUGUCCCUGGGAAUCUUUGUAAUUGCUCAAAAGCUUUCUUGAGGUAGGGUUUUUAUCCUUGGUUUGUUCAAGGUUUAAGUAAAUCUAUUGUAUAAAAUCAAAAGCAAUUAGCAAAAAUGCUGAUAGU